AUGGAUUCUCCAAACCCUUUUGGUAGUGACUCGCAAAAUUUCAUGGAUCUUUUGAAUUCUCAAAAAAAUUCCAACGCUUCUGCUAAUUCCGCACAAACCUCUCACCCUAUCCAAUUUAGCUCUCCUUUCUCUACUCAGCCUACUCAAUUUAACCCUCCUUUCUCUACUCAGUCUAUCCAAUUUAGCCCUCCUUUCUCUUCUCAGUCUAUCCACACUAGUCAAGUAUUCUCUUCUCAACCGGUUAAUUCUAGCACCCAAUUAGAUUCUCUAGACUGUAUAGAGGUUACGCAAGACGACCAUGAAGAAGACGAAGGCAGAGGAAGUAGGAAGAGGUGGAGUGCACAAGAGGAUAUCCAUCUCAUAAGUGCUUGGUUAAACACAAGCAAAGAUCAUGUAGUGAGUAACGAGCAGCAGAAAGGUAGCUUCUGGAAAGAUCAUGUAGUGAGUAACGAUGAUAUCCUAGAGGGACGAGCGAGAGUUACAUAUGUUGUCAAUGAAAGGCAAUACAAAAUGGCGCACUACCUAACUGAUGGUAUCUAUCCCAAAUGGGCAACUUUCAUCCAAUCCAUUACACUUCCACGUGGUUGA